CUGCAACUCCCAUUCUGUGUAACAAACAUCCACUAAAUAAUUUCCCUUCACAUUUCCCUUUAUCAGAUGUUAAAGAGGUGUUCUUGAAAUGCAAAACCCUGUGCAGGCACAAAGCUGAAAAGGUUCUGUAGGCCCUCACUGGAAGUGAGAAAGUAAAGGGAACAAAAGGGGUAAGGUCGAGGGAGCAGGGGUCAGACACCCAAACAUGGCAGCUAAGGAGGCAGAGGGGCUCCUGAGCUCCCAGGCCACAGCCAGUGUGGAGUUCGGGCCAGCUCAGGGCACCAGGUGGUUGUGUGACAGGGCUGGCUGUCAGAUCCCCUCCCCUGCCAUCUCCAUUGUGAGAGCCCGCAGCCCGGUUGCGCAGGUCCCAGGCCUGCCUCUUCGCCUUUACUGCAGGUGAAGUUGCCUCACCUCUGUAUGUGGUUCCUCAUCUCCUUAAAAUGGGGCAGUGGUGCCUGCCGCCCAGGGUCAUUGUGGUGUUGAAGUGGGUACAUGUGAGUGAGUGCUUGCUUGCAGGAGAGCUCUGUUAAUGUGGCCUCUGGGGGUGGGCUGAGCGCCUGCCUCAGGGUCGCUGUGCACCUCAGGAAGGCGAUGACCAGCACAGAGGGAGCCUCCGCUCAAGCAUUUUUGUUCCUAACUUAACAUUGAGGUAAAAAGCACUGUUUAACAUUUAAAGUGUACGACUCGGUGGUUUUAAUACAUUUAGUACGUUCACAGAGUAACCAUCGUUAAUUCUAGAUCCCGUCCAUCACACCAGGAGACACCUCAUACCUGUUAGCAGUCGGCCCCAGCUGCCCCACCACUCUCCAUCCCUGGCAUCGGCUACCUCCUGCGUCUGGAGAUUUGCCUCAUCUGAACAUUUCGUGUAAAUGGAAUCAUCUAGCACAGGCCCUUUGUGUCUGUCUGCCUUCCUGUGGCCACUGUUUGGAAAAUUCAUAAGUGUUUAGCUUCCGUCAGUUCAUUCCCUUUUACGGCCACUGAAUGCAUGGGUGGAUCCCAUUUUAUCAGCUAGUGGACAUUUCAGACGUUUGUUUAUCAUGAUUGAGUGGUUCUCAGGUUCUGUAUUCCAAACCGUGGCGCCCUGUCAGGAGGAAGGCACAGCACACACCCGCCUCUGUUCUGCAUUGGCUCACUCGGGUUCCUGCAGCGCUCAAAGUGGGAGGGAGGCCUAGAGAAAGAAGUGGAGAUCUGCCAGAACUCCCACAGAUGACGUUCGGAGGGCCGGGAAUGUAUCACUCCAGAUUCAAGGGGCAUUGGGCCAAACAGAAGUUCUGCCUUUGACCAGCCCUGGAACCGGGCACGGCCGUGAUUUCCCGCUGACUUACUCAAGAUGGGACGAAAGGAACCCGAAGGCGCUCGGCCGCCUGGGCGGUCGGCUCCCGCCGGCAGCCAGCAGGUGGCGGCGCAGAGCCAACCAGCGCUGGGCAUCCGUAGUCAUGGCAACAGGCUGCCUACACGCUUAGCGAGAGGGAUUGUUUUCCUGUUAACCGUGGCACCCUCUCCCAGUGCCGCAAUAAGGGAUGAUUCUUCGGAAGUUUAUGAGAGCCUGUUGUUGGCGCUUGUUGCCAAGUCCCGCUAGCAGCGCCCUCUGCAGGAAGCCGUUAACGCCCCACUGAAAUGUAUGAGGUCCAGGACUCAUUGUGUCGUUCCCACCCUAGGUGAAGUGUUGCCAAUGAGUCGGGCCUGGUCAAGUACAUUUCGGCCAUGUCCGUGCCUCGGUCUGGUUGGAGUACCGGGUCGGGCUGCCCUCCCUUGGAGCCAGAAUCCCGAUCCAACUUCAGAGUGUUCUACCACUCUUCAGUCGAAAAUGAAAACACCAGCAAGGUGCCUAUCUUCAAUCCUGAACCGAUCACCGCCCACUGCUUCAAGCAGUUCAAGCAGAAGGACUUUCACCUGCCUCAGAGCCGCCGGCGAAUCAUCAUCGUGCCUGGCAAGGAGGACCAGGGGCCCACCAAUGCCACACCACAGCCCCAUGCUCCUCUACAGCCCGCCCCCCGCUGCAAAGCCCUGGAAGCUGAAGACAUCCAGGAGCAGCAGGAGGACCGGAAAACCUGGCUGAGCAAGAAGCUGAUGCUGAAGAAGGAGCUAGAAUCCUUUGGUGACUUAAAGAGGUGGCUGGAGAACAAGCCCAGUGUCACGCCUGUGGAGGCCAAGGCGCUGAACAAGGUCCGUGAGCAGCAGGCCACUCAGCUGGGGGACCACUUGACCCUUAUCAGGACCGCCAAGGAAGUCCUCCAACUCUCCCCCCGCCGGAUGGUGCCCCAGCUCCGGCUGCCCAGGCCCUCGUCCCUGUCAGCCUUGUACUCCUACCUGUACAGCCGCAAGAUCGAGAUCCUGGAUUUAUUUAACAAAGUGGAUCGGAGCAAGUACCAGAAGAUCACCAGGGAGCAGUUCAUCCUGGCUCUAAAGGCAAUCAGAGUUCCUCUGAUGCAGCAGGAGGUGGAGGAUGUAGUAAUCUACCUGGGCUCCCUGGGGAAGCACAAUACCAUCACACUGGACAUCGUCACCACCACCUACAGGAAGUGGGCCCUGACCCAGCAGAGGAGCACCGUGCCCACCGCGAGGGAGUUCUUCCUCUUGGCGAGACAGAAGAUCCCCUUACAGGCUUCACUCAAGAGGCAGAAAGUAGAUUCCGUCUCACAGCCUCGCCAGAUGGACCUACUGACAGUGCCCGAGGUUGACACAAAGACGGAGGCGAGGCCCUUGACCCUGGAGGAGAUGGAGGACGUGGGCAAGCGCUACCGCGAGAGGAAGCGGCUGCAGAAGCACCUGAUCCCGUCCAUCCAGUACACGGAGCGCUGCCGCCUGGUGCGCUGCGGCAAUGAGCGCAUCGAUGAGCACUGCCUCCCGUCCACCCUCUCUGGGGAGAUGAGGGAGAUGGUCGACAGGACGCGCAGGGACACCUUUCUGGUCUACCUGCAGUGCUGGAAGCUCUGCGAGUUCUACAGCCUCCCGCUGACGGAGGACAUCCUCAUGAGAGCCCUGCUGUAUCCGGGAGACAAGAUCAUCUUCCAGAGGGACCAGGUGCGCCCGCUGCGGCAGCCCGGCGGCUACUACUCCGACAAGAAGGCCUUCGCUUGGAACCGGUCGCUGCACCUGGCCCAGGGCCUCGAGCCCGGCUACAAGAAGAUGGACAAGACCGACAAGAAGACGCCGAAGAAGCUCAAGAAGAUGCUCUUUAAGGAGUUCGAGGAAUUCACCAGGAAGCUGAAGGGCAAGAGGUCCAGCGGCUCCCAGCAGCACACCUGCCCCAGUUCCUUCUGGCCGGGUCAGCUUCUGGACAAGCUGCAGCUGUACCUGCCCACGGUGACCGCGGACGGGAGCCUGGUGCUCUUCAGCCGUGUGCGUCCCGAGCACCAUGCCUAUCCCGCCACCUACCACCCUGACCGCUGGUGGCCUAUGAAGGACAACAGCUACAUGGUCCACGCCUACUAUGAUUCCACCAAGGUCUACCACAUUGACUAGAGAGGCCCAGGCGCCGCCGACCCAGGCGUCCGUGGCCCAGAGCCCUAGGCCUUGUUUUGGGGCCUGUGUCUCCGAGGGUGGAUGUGGACAGGGAGAGAUCGUGUGUUUGACCCCUUCCCCCUCCUGAACUCUGCCCUCAGAAAUAAACCAGGUUGGCGUUCUCCCACGCCUCCUGUGACCCAGCUGGUGUGAGUUCUUAGGAGCCAGGGCCAGAGCCUGCGGCUGGGGGUGUUCAGCAGACCUCCCCCCGGAAUGUGUCAGGGAUGCCCACAUGGCACCCCUGGGCCCUGCAGUGCCCGCGGGGAAGUGGGCUUGAGCCAGUCCAGCCCACAGGGUCAACACCUUCCAGGCUCCAGCCUCAACCCCACCACCUGCCGGCUGCAGCAGCCCGGGCAAGACAGUUCACGGCCAGAGGUCCCCUCCAGCGCCCCUCACGGCUGGACUCUCCCGGCUGUGGACACCACCAUGCUCCCCCCCGCCCCCCAGCAACCCCAGCCCGCCUCACUGCCGCCCUCGCCUCACCUCUGAGCUCUUGCUGUCUGGAGCACCUGUGACAUCUGUGGCGUGUGAGGUGAGGAAUCGAGGUUUCCGUGUUUUCUCCUGCUUCUUGAUUUUCACAGUCUUUAAAACAAGCGCUAAUGGGGCAGGCACUGUGGCACAGCAGGCAGAGCCACUGCUUGCAACACCGGUGUAGUGGUCGUGGAGGGGAGGCGGUGCCGGCAGCGAGUCUCGGGGGUUCUUUCCUUAGCUCAGGAUGGAAAGAAAAGGCCGGAGACGAUCUGCAGAGACAGAAACCUUCAUUUGACAGAAAAGCGUCUGGUCCGAGGGAGAGCAGGCGGAGUGCCCGAGGGGGCGCUUGCUUGGGUCCCAGGUGUUUAAUGCAUGACUGCCUGCUCACUGGGUCAUUCUGUUUGGUGCUCAGUGGACAGGGGUUUCACAUACAGCAUAUGGAUUGGCUUGGGGCUCAAGGACAAAGUGGGGGUCUCCUGGAGGCGGCCUGCCUCUCCCUUAAGAGUUCAGCCCCCUCCUCUGCCAACUCUGGGUGAAAGAUUACAGCCAACCUGGAGUUGUGGUUUAGAGCCGCAUGGUCACACAAGAUAGGGUGUCUCCUGGAGCCGGUCUGAGUCUCCCCAGGGGCACAGCCCCUUCCCCUGUCAGCUCCGGGUGAGACUGCACCCACCCUGACGGUGUGAUUUAAAGCUAAUCCUCUACCUGUGGCGCUGGCACCCCGGGUUCUAGUCCCGGUUGGGAUGCCGGAUUCUGUCCCUGUUGCUCCUCUUCCAGUCCAGCUCUCUGCUGUGGCCCAGGAGUGCAGUGGAGGAUGGCCCAAGUGCUUGGGCCCUGCACCCACAUGGGAGACCAGGAGAAGCACCUGGCUCCUGGCUUCGGAUCGGUGCAGCGUCGGCCGUGGUGGCCAUUUGGGAGGUGAACCAACAGAAGGAAGACCUUUCUCUCUGUCUCUCACUCUCACUAACUCUCCUGUCAAAAAAUGUAAUAAUAAUAAUAAAAAGCCAUGAGAUCACACAUGGCACAUAGAAGCUGUCAGUGGGGGAGAUGCCAGUUGGCCUGGAGACAGGCUUUGCAGCCACAGUGGGCAGCCUGCUUGUGAUGGAUGUCCCCAUGCCUCCAGCCCCAGUGCACGGCCUCAACCAACAUCCCAAAUGGGUGCCAUUUCAGUCCCCCUUGCUCUGUCACUACAAAAGAAGCCAUGGAAGAAAGAAUUCAGGCUGAGACGGAGAGCGGAGUGAUACGGCUUUACUGGGGACAGAGAGCGAGCGGCCAGUCUCUCAGAACAGGGGAGAGCGAGGGUACAGGUUGAGUGGAGAGAAUGCACUGGGCAGGCCAGGCGGGCGGCUCAGCCGAGAGGCCGAGGGCUGAGCGCGCAGUCUGUUUGGACGCCCUAGGUUUUUAAGGGAGCCUGUUUGCCCUUCCCCUCUCCAUGUUAUCAGGUCAGGUAACCCAUUUGGUCCUGAGGACAGGAUUCUCCUGGGAGCUGUCCUUGGGGAAAGGCUAGGACCCCUUGGAGGUUACCAGGUCUGAGCAGGACUGAAGUGCAAAACGCUGGGCUUCUGGAGCUUCCACAGUUGGUGCUGGUCUUCAGGCCUGUCUCACACGUGGGCUGAACUCCCAACCUAACAGCUCCACCUCUGACCCAGCUCCCUGCUAAUGCACCUGGGACAGCAGUAGAAGAUAGCUGAAGUGCUUGGGCCCCUGCACCCACUUGGGGGACCUGGAAGAAGCUCCUGGCUUUGGCAGGCCCAGCCGUUACGGCUGUUGGAGAAUGUGUUGGAGAAUGGACCACUGGAUGGAAAACCACCCCCCCCAACUCUUUCAAAUAAAUAAAUCUAAAAAAAAAAAAAAAACCAAAAACCUCUAAGUCAAACAAAUCAAAAACAAUUUACAAAACUAGGCACAGUUGGCAAAGUGUGGACUUCGGAGGCAAAUCUCCAAGCUUCAUUUUCCACAGACGUAAAAUGGAGAAAGUAACAGGACCACCAUGUAGGAUCGUGGUUAAAAGCUACCCCACGGGCUGUUCCCUGAUACAGACAACCGCUAUAUGCACACGGCGCCAACUCGCGGGAGCCGUUUUGUUCCCUCCUGGCCACGAGGAGGAGCACUUUGCAGUAGGCCAAAGGCGGGCGGAAACUGUCUGAAUUCGGCUUCACUUCUGGCGGAAGUAGAUACGCCUCCACCCGGUUUCAUUUCAGAAAGAAUUUCGAGUUUUCUGCGUAGUACUAAGGGCAGGUAAGACGCAUUUUCGGGUACAUUCGUAGGUGUGUAAAACACAGGUAUGCCCAGCAUUUUUGGCACCAUUAGUUCUGUGACAUCUUUAUUCUCUUUGCGGGACACGGACCCGGAAGUACUCGCCCUUUCCCUGGCAGCACCCAGAGGUUACAUCCCAUCAGCCUUUGCGCACCCCCCUCCCUUCUCUUCCUCGGCGCUGCCUCCGGAGGUGGCUGCCCUCUCCUCGGCACCAUGGCCGCCCUCAGACCCCUGGUGAAGCCCAAGAUCGUCAAAAAGAGGACCAAGAAGUUCAUCCGCCACCAGUCGGACCGCUAUGUCAAGAUUAAGAGGGGAGACGGGGCGGUCUGCCCAGACACCCGGCUUACCGCUGUGGUUUCUCGCAGCGUAACUGGCGGAAACCCAGAGGUAUUGACAACAGGGUGCGGAGAAGAUUCAAGGGCCAGAUCUUGAUGCCCAACAUUGGCUACGGGAGCAACAAGAAGACCAAGCACAUGCUGCCCAGCGGCUUCCGGAAGUUCCUGGUCCACAACGUCAAGGAGCUGGAGGUGCUGCUGAU